CUCUCUCUAAAAAUAUUUUUUAAAAAAUAAGUCUUCCUUUUUAUUCUUCUGAAUUUCCUCUCUCUUUCCUCUUAUAAAUCUGUACACAAAGCGCGAGUCUCAACUUUUCUCUCUUGAGAGUCUUCUCUCUACACGCACAUACUACAGAGGAACGCCUCUGUCUCUCUUAUCCUCUCUUCUUCUCUAGGAGGUUUUAUCUGAUAAAAGAUGCCUGCUUGGUGGGGGAAAAAGUCCUCCAAGAACAAGGAAGAGAAGCAGCAAGAUAACCCAUAUGGGAAAAAUGAUGUUACCAAGAAGAAGACCACCAAAGAAAAGCGUAAGAGCUUUGAUGAGGCCGUUUUGACCCGGAAUUCGCCACGUGGGAGCAAAGAUUUAGCGGGUGGAUCUUCCGGGUUUGCGGGUUUCGAUUCGGAUUCGGUCGAGAAGAUAGGGCUUCCACUUCCUACGCCUUCUGGGUCUGGGAGUGAUCAUGGGAUUGGUGGUGGGGUUGGGUUGGGAUCUGGGUCGGCUUCUGGUUCCAUGUCCAGUGUGAGCUCUUCUGGGUCAUCUGGUGAGGAUCAUCCAAUUGCGAAUGAUCAUCACAGUAGUCUUUUUGGUGGCUACAGGUCAUCUGUUGAUCAUAGAGGACAUGGUGAUAUAAGGUUCAAUUUGGGGUCAAGAAGCCCAGGUCCAGGUUCAAGAAGUCCAGGACCUGGGUCGAGAAGUCCCGGUCCUGGAUCUAGAAGUCCUGGUCCUGCAUCAAGAGGGGCCAGCAGGUCUGCAUCACCUCUUCAUCCACUCUUAGGAGGUAUGAAUCUAGAGUCUGCAACAGGAAGGCUGGAAGAUGGGAAGAGCCAAUGUCAUCCACUGCCUCUUCCACCGGGUUCUCCUAGCAGCCCUUCUUCCUUGCUGCCAAGUACAAGAACUCCUGUUGUAACUGAAAAUACAACUGCUCCAGUGUCUAAAUGGAAGAAAGGGAAGCUACUAGGAAGGGGAACUUUUGGACAUGUUUACCUUGGAUUUAACAGUGAGAGUGGGCAGAUGUGUGCAAUAAAAGAAGUCAGAGUUGUUUCAGAUGAUCAGACGUCAAAAGAAUGUCUUAAGCAACUGAACCAGGAAAUAAAUUUGCUUAGUCAGCUUUCACAUCCAAACAUUGUUCGAUAUUAUGGAAGUGAACUGAGUGAAGAAACACUUUCAGUUUAUUUAGAGUAUGUCUCUGGUGGCUCAAUUCACAAAUUACUUCAAGAAUAUGGUGCCUUCAAGGAACCUGUUAUUCAAAAUUAUACCACGCAAAUCCUUUGUGGGCUUGCUUAUUUGCAUGGAAGAAAUACUGUGCACAGGGAUAUAAAAGGGGCUAACAUAUUAGUUGAUCCUAAUGGUGAAAUCAAGCUGGCUGACUUUGGCAUGGCUAAACAUAUUACAUCUUGUUCUUCAAUUCUUUCAUUCAAGGGAAGUCCUUACUGGAUGGCGCCUGAGGUGGUAAUGAAUACAAAUGGCUACAGUCUUGCAGUGGAUAUUUGGAGCUUGGGAUGUACAAUUCUUGAAAUGGCAACAUCGAAACCGCCUUGGAACCAAUAUGAAGGGGUAGCUGCAAUAUUCAAAAUUGGAAACAGCAAAGAUAUGCCUGAUAUACCUGAUCACCUGUCAAAUGAUGCAAAAAGUUUUAUAAAGUUGUGCUUGCAGCGGGAUCCAUCAGCACGCCCUACAGCUUCACAAUUGUUGGACCACCCUUUCAUUCGAGACCAAUUAACGACAAGAGUUGCUAACAUCAAUAUAACUAGGGAUGCCUUUCCAUACACUUUUGAUGGAAGCCGCACACCGCCAGUGUUAGAUCUCCACUCCAACAGAACAAAUUUAACAUUGUCUGAUGCAGAUUGUGCAAUGAAGCAAGUGGUCGCUAAUGCCAGAGGAUUGAAGAACACAAGGGAGGAUGUAAGAAUGAUCACAUACAAAUCUUUACCCGUGUCCCCCUGUUCUAGCCCUUUACGGCAAUAUGGACCAGCACAUAAGAGUUGUUUCCUUUCACCUUCUCACCCGACAUUUGCAUUGGUUGGACAAAGUGGUUACAACUUAACUGACUACUCAUUAUAUUCGACAAGACCAAACACAAUAUAUGUUCAUGAUCCUGGAUUGGAGAGCUCUUUAUUAAAAAGCCAAAUACCUGGCUCAUCGCCUAGAACGAGGCCCAUUUGAAUGUAAAUACCAAUACCAAACACUUCUCAUACUCUCCUCGGGAUGCAAUGUGCGCUGGAACCACAAGGUUCUGUCAUCCAGGGUUCCUUGCUCUUCAUUUGGUAAAGAAGUUUUUCCUCUUCACUUGAAUGAAAGAGUGGAGUUGGUGGAUUCUUUUCCCUACAGAAACAGAGAGGGGAGAAACUUUCGGCAUAUGGGGUAGAUGCCGAAUUUAUUGAUCUCAUGGCCGUCUCUUGACGAUUGUUGUAAAUGGCCGGUGGGUCACUGUGUGUAACAUUCAUUUUGUAAUCCAGUAAAUUUCAUAUGAUCAUUGCUUAUACCAACACUUGUAGCUAGAUAAUGAAAAUAUGUGGUUUAGGCUCC